AUGUCCACCAUCGCCUCCUCCCGCAACCCCCAGCCCCCCCUCCGCCGCACCCCCUCUGGAACGCCAACCUCCUCCGCCCGGCCCUCCUUCGACGUCUCCCGCUCCGCAGUCAGCUCCCCCGUCCUCGGCGCCUCCCAGCCCGCAACCGGCAGCUCGAUUCCAGGCGCCAGCUCCAACAAGCGCUCCAACAACCGCGCCGCCCUGCGCGAAUACUACAACCUCCGCGCCGCCGCCGCCGCCUCCGCCUCGACGCCGUCCACGCCGCGCAUCGUCGAGGUGCCCGACUCGGAGGUCCCCGCGAGCGAGAUUGACGCGCCGGACUUCAACCUCGACGAGUACCUCCAGAAGAUUGUUGCCGAGAGCAGCUUGCAGGAGCUGUUGAAGCUGUAUACGAGAGUGCUCGGGGAAGUACGGGCUCUGGAUGCGGAGAAGAAGGCCCUCGUGUACGACAACUACAGCAAGCUCAUCACUGCGACGGAGACCAUUCGAAAGAUGCGAGCGAAUAUGGACCCCUUGAACCCUAUGGCCACGACGCUCGAUCCAGCCAUUGCGCACAUCUACAGCCAGGCUUCCGCCAUACAGGAGUCAUUACGAAAAUUAGUUCCCGCUCCGGAUUCAGAAGAGGGCAAAGCACGCGAAGCGCAGCAGCGACGCCAACGCACAAGACAGCUGGCCAUUGAGGUUCUGGCGACACCAGAGCGCCUGCAGGCUCUUGUCAGGGAAGGCAGGUUCGAGGAGGCCAGGAGACAGUGGGAGAUGCCCAGGAAGUUGCUGGAAGUCUGGAAGCAAAAGGGAGUGGGCGGAGACGACGUGCAGGCGUGCAUCGAUCAAGGCGACGCAGCCAUUGCCCUGACGCGAAGCAGAUCACCGGCACCUGAAGCGUCAAGGGAUGGGCGAUACGGCGCAUUGGUCUCUCCUACGCCGCCUGCCAUGAAGCAAUGA